GAUAUCUAUUGUUUAUUUCCGUUUAUUCGGAUAACAUGAUAUUUUGAUAAAAGGUGACAAGAUAAUUUUAUGAUAUAACAUUAUCAAAUGACGAUUUUCUCUCUGUUGUGACGGUGUGAAAUCAGAAAGAUGAAUGCGCUACUUGUUGGAGGUUUUGUAGUUUUAGUUUGUACUAUCGUGAGUGCAUCGCCCGUGUUGGAUAAUUCUAUUCACCAGGUAGAUCCAGAUGCCUAUAGAAAUGUUUCACAGUUAAUAACAAGCAAGGGGUAUCCUUUCGAAGAGCACUUUGUGGUGACAGAAGAUGGUUACAUACUUGGUCUACACAGAAUACCUCCAAAGCACAGCUCAGGAAAUAAUGGCAGCAACCCUGUCAUUUUGCUUCAACAUGGUCUUCUGUGUUGUUCUGCUUCCUGGGUGGACAACCUUGCCAGCCAGAGCCUUGGUUUUAUGUUGGCUGACCGAGGCAUCGAUGUUUGGAUGGGAAACAGUCGAGGAAACACAUACUCAAAACGACAUAAAACAUUAAAACCUACAGAUGAAAAAUUCUGGGAUUUUACAUGGGACGAAAUGGCAAAGUUCGAUCUUCCUGCCACAGUAGAUUAUAUUGUAAAUUCAACCAACAGCAGUCAGAUAUAUUAUGCUGGCCAUUCUCAAGGCACAAUGAUUGUAUUCGCUGAAUUAGGACGAAAUCCAACAUUAGCUUCCAAAAUUAAACAUUUCUUUGCUCUAGCACCUGUGGCUACUCUUGGCAACGUCGGAGGACCUUUUAAGGCAGUUGCUCCGUUUGCAAAAUACCUUGAUAUAUUUUUCAAUCUAUUCGGGAAAGGAGAAUUUUUACCCACAUCUGACUUCAUUCGUUUACUUGGACGUGAUUUCUGUGGAAAUAACCUUGGUAGUAUCGUUUGUGAAAAUGUUCUUUUCUUUAUUGCUGGCUUUGAUACAAAAGAGAUGAAUCGGACAAGGAUUCCAGUCUAUGUAGCAGAACAUCCAGCAGGAACAUCAGUUAAAAAUAUUCUUCACUAUGGUCAGAAUGUUUUGAGUGGAAAGUUUCAAAUGUUUGAUUACGGUUCUUUCAAGGCCAAUAUGGAUCACUACAAUCAGACCACAGCUCCGUUAUAUGACGCCAGUUUGAUGAAGAACAAUGUAUCCCUAUACACGGGUGGACAUGAUAUCCUGGCUGACCCCACAGACGUGAAAGAUCUGAUAAAAAAGCUACCGAAUAUUUACCGUCAUACAGAAAUCACUAUCUACGAGCAUCUUGACUUUAUCUGGGCCAUAGAAGCCAAUAGACAAUGCUAUGAUGAUAUUAUUAUGACAAUUUUAUCACAGGAACAUCAUUAAAUGUGCACAUGAA